AUGGUUUCCCUUAGGACUUUGUUCCUGGCUGUGUAUGCCUCGAACCGCGUUAUAAGGACCUUGUUUCUGCCAUUAUGGUACACCACGCUCUUCAGUCCGGUCGCACUAGCUAUCGCUUGGUACUUUGAGUUCGAUCAAACUGUCCUACAAUUCAUUCCGGAAAACUUCUCUUGGUUCGAUCUCUUACCUCAAUUCGCAGUCUCGGCCGUGUUUGUGCUAUUACCAACCAGACUCCUUUCCAGCUCAUCAAAAGUCAUUACUACGCAAAAUGGGGCGAGACGGGUACAAUCGCUUCCAUACUGGAUCCCGGGGUUACAACACUUCUGGAGUAUUGCCCUCGGGGGACAGGAGUGGUUGAAUGGUAUCCGCGAAUCUUCGAUAACAAGUAUAAUUGCAUACAAUGCAGCUGGAACCAAGCACAGUGUCCUUCUCUCGGAAUCACUAAUUCGCCAACUAUACGACAACUGGCAUAAUUUGGAGGUGCCAGACAACAACCAAACCGCCCUUCUCCGAAAUGCAUUCAACUUGCCAAAAGAAAUGGAAAGCCACUACAUUGAACUUCGCCAGGAAAUUGACCAAGCCGUCCAAACAGAACUUCACACGGGAGCGACAAGGGAGAACCUGAUCAGACUAUCGCUGAACAUUUUGUCUGACUCGCUCCCCGACCUGACUACUUUUAACUCAUCUAUUGUCGACCAAAUGCCAUGGGAGCGCGUAUCGAAUGUAGACCUCACAGAUGGCACGUCAGAAGCAGAAUGCGAUUUGUUCAUAUUGCUCAACGAGUUUUGCUGCAACGCCAUUCUACCACCGAUCCUGGGGGCUCAAUUUACCGAAUCGUAUCAACUGCUUGCCACCAAUCUGGCUACCUUCAACGAACGCUAUUGGGCUCUCGCUCUCGCAUUACCGCGACUAUCCCCCAUCCAAGGUUUACCAGGAGCUGCUCUUGCAAAAAAGAAUCUUUUGAACACAUUUGCCAAAAUGUUCAAAGAUUUGACUAACCCGCCUACGAAGAGGGUCCCAGAUGACGACGAGAGCGUGAGCGGCGAGGAGGAUACGGACGCCGAUACAAUAACGCCUCUGAUGAAACUCAACGAAAUCUUCACCAAGCACGACUUGCCUAUGCGGUUACGCGCUUCGAUCGCACUUCACCUUGUACAUAACAUAGUAUCAGACGUUGUGCCUCUAGUGUUUUGGGUGCUUCUACAUAUCUACUCAGCUUCACAAGAACAAGAUGUAAAGUCCUCGGAGCCUACGCCAAUGCAAAGGAUUCGAUCAGAGAGCAAGUCUUUAGCACAAGCUGUACAACCCCCGUCAAUACAUCCAUCUUUCCCGGCACCUCCUGAGAUACGCUUUGGUCCAUCAGCUCAAACGCUUAUCGCAAAUACCUUGCCUUAUCUCCGAUCAUGCAUUAAUGAGGCUCGACGUCUAUACAGCUGCUCCGUGGACACGUACAAAAUCAAGGAGCCUUUUGUUUUGAAGGAGGAGGAUAUUGCACAAAAAGGACAGGAGGAGAAGUGGGACCUCGAAGCUGGCUCAUGCAUCGAUGUAGGGCUUUCUCGAUGCAUUAUCAAUUCCUCGCCAGCAGUCCACACUUCCCCAGAAACAUUCAAACCUGAUCGCUUUAUUGACACGCCAUCUCCGACAGCCAUUAUCGUUCCCUCUGACGAGGCUGAAGCCUACAAAUCUGCCCUCCUUGUCUCCAUUAUAGCAGGCAUAGUUCAAUUAUGGGAUAUUGUGCCAGCACCAAAGAAGAGCUUCUUCGAGCAUAUUCAAGAAGCAGGAAACGAAGCAUCCAUCGGUGCAGCAGCGCUUACCGGAGAGCAAAAGGCUGCCAGAGAAGAGUCAAACAGGAAGAAGCAGGAUGGAAAGAAAAAAGACGCAAAGUGGAUAUUUCCAAAGGCCGUGGAAGGUGCCGAUGUAAGGGUUCCAAAGGGUGAUAUUAGGGUUAGAUUCAGAAGGCGCGAGGGUUUACCUGCGAGUAAGAUUGUAAGGAGGAUUGGCUAG